AUGGAAGAAAUCAUCAAUCAGAUAGAGGAGAAUCCUCAUGACUCUGGUGGUGUCUCUUGGGAUGCGUAUCCAACAGCAGCAAGCGGGUAUUUAAAUGUCGGGUUGACCGACAAGGCCUUAGCAAUGUUGAAGAAAGCAGAGGAAAAGAUGCCCAAUCACCGGAGGGCCACUGCUCUGGAGUUUCUUCUUACUCUAUACACCAAGUCUGGUGAUAAAGGUGAGGUUUAUCUAGUUUGGAAUGCAUAUAAGCCAUAA